UUUUGGUGUUGGCAGCCAUAGAGAAAUUAGCAAUUUGAGCGUGAGAGAGUAAUUUGGGAAUCUGACAUAGAGAUGGGAGACCAAAGGGUAGGUGGGAUGUCUUGCCAAUCGCUUAAGAAGGCAAAACCCUUCUUGGCUAUGGUCUCCUUGCAGUUUGGUUAUGCAGGAAUGUACAUAAUCUCUAUGGUCUCUUUGAAGAGAGGCAUGAGUCACUACAUACUUGCAACUUACCGUCAUGUAGUUGCCACGAUUGUGAUCGCUCCCUUUGCUAUUGUUCUUGAAAGGAAAAUACGACCCAAGAUGACUUGGCCGAUCUUCCUGAGAAUUGUGUUGCUCGGUUUCCUGGAGCCAGUGCUUGAUCAGAACCUCUAUUUUCUGGGAAUGAAGUACACCUCAGCAACUUUUGCAUCUGCCACUGUCAAUAUGCUCCCCGCGAUAACCUUCGUCAUGGCAAUCAUCUUCAGGUUAGAGACAGUGAAUUUUAAGAAGUUACAUAGUACAGCCAAGGUGGUGGGCACAGUAGUGACGGUGAUGGGAGCCAUGGUGAUGACUUUGUACAAAGGCCCCAUCGUCGAUUUCAUUGGGGGGAGAGAGCAAAGCCACCACAAAGCCAGCACAGAGUCUGCAGAUCAGCAUUGGGUCACCGGGACUUUAAUGCUCCUAGGCAGUAUCUGUGGCUGGGCCAGUUUCUUUAUAUUGCAAUCAUUUACGUUGAAGAUGUACCCGGUAGAGCUAUCUCUCACAGCUUGGAUAUGCUUAAUGGGGAUGGUGGAAGGUUCAAUCGUAUCGCUUAUCAUGGAACGCGACCUCAGUGUCUGGGCUAUUGGCUGGGAUUCAAGGCUCCUUGCUUCUGUUUACACUGGGAUAGUUUGCUCUGGAAUCGCAUAUUAUCUACAAGGAUUUGUAAGCAAGGAACGGGGCCCUGUGUUCGUAACGUCUUUUAGCCCUCUGUGCAUGAUCAUCACUGCCGUUCUCGGCUUCAUUGUUCUAGCUGAGCAAGUCCAUCUUGGAAGUGUAAUUGGAGCCAUUAUCAUAGUCUUCGGCCUUUACACAGUCGUGUGGGGUAAAAGCAAAGAUGCUCCAAACUCAAAAGGUAUAGUGGCCAAUGAGAAAGGAACCCGAGAAUUGCCAAUCACAGACACCAUUAGAUCAUCAUCAAUUAUAACCACCACUACUACUACUGCUGCUGAUAGCAACAACGAUGCAGCUAAUUCCAAGGUGUCAAAGAUUCCUCAUGCAUGAACAGCGCCACUCCAUCAGUACUAGGGUUUGGAAAGAUUGUACACGAUUUAUAUAUAAUCUCUCCCCCUUUUUUUCCAAAGUGGAACUGCUAGCUCUAA